CACACGUUGUUAACGUGUGACUCAAACACUCGGAAACUAUAGCGAUCUAUACUUGAAGACUAAUGUAUUGUUAUUGGCAGAUAUCUUUGAGAACUUUCGAAACAAUUGCGUCGUUAGUUACAGUCUCGAUUCCGCAUUUUAUUACACAUUGCCUAGUUACACGUGGGAUGCAAUGUAAAAUGUUAAAAAAUUAUGCGUGUAAAAUUUGAACUGCUCACCGACAUUGAUAUGGUAAUAUUAAACGUAGAAUACAUGGCGGUUUCAGCCAAUGUUCUGGCAGAUACGCGCAUUCCAAUAAUAAAUACAUGCAGUCAUAUGAUCCGUCGAAAUCGUCAUCGUGCUUAAUGUACUUUGAUGUAAAUAAUUUGUACGGAUAAGCGGUGUGUCAACCGCUGCUCUACGGCAAAUUUUGAUGGGUUGAAGACGUCGUGAACUUGAACGUAAGCGCGAUCGCUCCGGAUUCGUUCAUGAGUUAUAUUCUCGAGGUCAACUUGGAAUAUCCGCGACAUCUCCACAAUGCGCACGCUGAUUUACCGUUCUGUCGAAUGCGCGAUAAAACACCUGUCAAACGACAAGAUAAACUUCUCGCGACACUAUAUGAUAAAAAGCGAUACGUAAUUCAUUAUCGUAACUUGCAGUAAUGUACACGUCACGGUCUUCGCCUAACAAAAAUUCACCGCGUGCUACAAUUAGCGCGUCUUUAUGGCUUCGCAAUUAUAUAGAAUUAAACACUAAAUUUAGCACGCAUGCAAAAAAUAAUUUUGAAAAAAAUUUAUGUAAAUUAAUGAAUAAUGCGGUAUUUGACAAAACCAUGGAAAACGUACGUAAUCACAUCGAUGUAAAAUUAUUGACGAAAUUGCAAGGCAGAUUCGGUGCAGAGGCAAUGACUACGAAACCAAAUUUCCACAACCGAUUGUAUUAUAAUUGUCUUCUUAUGAAUACGAAUUUUUCUUGGCAGCAUUUCUUGCACAAAGACAUAAGAGUUGACCAUAUCGUCGGUGCUUUGCCUACUCUAUCAUCUUAUCUGUUCAUACAAGAAAUUGAUAAAUUAAUAACAAUUAUUUCUUCAUAAUCAAUAUUUCUUCUGUGCAAUUCCUAUUAAAAUACCAAUUAAUAUAACAAAAAAUUGUCUAGUUUCUGCACAGAAUAAUAUUAUCAAAUAAUGAUACAAAAUAAUAAUUUGAUAAUACUAUAUAAUAGUAUGUUAUUUUACUAUAUAAUAGUAUAUUAUUUUACGUAUAGAUAUAAUACUGUAUUUGAAGUGCGAGGAUUUAUUAGUUGAAUUGCUCGUGCAUAUAGCGAUAGAUCUAUGCAUGGAAAUCUUGGAAAUAAUGAUCAGACACACAAACGAAUUGGACAUAAACAAUGUGGACCAAGUUAUAGUCGUUAAACCUGGGUUCCCAAUUUAUGAACAUAAAUACGCCCGAUAAGUACAAGUACUAUGGUAUUGCAUUAAAAAGAUUAUUUAUUAUUGUGAAAAAAUAUAUCCAUAACAAAAUAAAAAGUUAUAUGAUACAGAGCAAUUAUUAUAUACAGCAAAACUAUUGUUACCUCCGGAGGAUUCCACAAUUUCCCUUUUCGCAUUCCUUGCGUAAAAUAUGAAAUAUAAAACAAAACAAGGAGAUUGUCCUUAAGAUUUAUAACACUCAAUUAUUACAUCCGGAGGACUCCAUAAUUUCCCUUUUUACAGAUAACGCCAUUACUCGGUUAUUAUAAGAAAAAAUUGAACAUCGUCCCUGAAAGAUAUAAUGCUCAAAUAUUACAUCCGGAUCAAUAAGUUGGUUAAAUAGAAGCAUAAGAAGAAAAAUUGUACGAUGACGGAAUUACUAACAAUAUUUGCUCACACUAACACAAUGAUCCAUAAAAACGAACAAAGCUGGAACUUGAAAAGAAAAAAACCUAAACGUUAUUUAAGUCGGGCAACAACGAAAGAUAAGAUUGAGUCACGACAUCAGACGGAAACUAUAAAACUAUAAAAUUAAAAUUUAUAACCCUGACUUUGUUUGUCUGAACGCAUGUUUCAUCACGAACUGAAAGAUGAUUCAUAUGGAAAGCAAGUUCUAAAUAAACAGACAAGGCGAUAUAAGAAAUAGGGAUCGAAUCUUCUAGAAAGAGAAAUCGUAGAUAACGAAUCCCUUAGGCGAUUGGGGUGACGCAACUAUUCGCCUCUCUUAAAAUUAAGAAAACUCAGGAAGAGAUGGAAAACUAGCCAACGAGAAAUCAUCCAAAAAGAUGAUUGGUAGCGUUGGUGAACUAUCCAACAAAUAAGCCCAAAACUUUAACAAUAAAUAAUCUAUACGAGAAGAAAGAAAUCUCAAAAAGCUUCACCCAACCAAAAUUGUUAAAUUAAAUUAAUUUUUGCUUUAAUUUUUAUCUUUCUUUAAAUAUUAAUGCCUUUUAUAUAUGUACGCCUAAUUUAACAAUUUAAUUUAUUUUUUUAGUUAUUUAUUCAUUUAAUUUAAUUUAAUAAAUUAAUUGUAGACCCAGCAUAAGGCUUUUGUUUCCGAUAUGAACACGUGCGUCCCGGUUGCGCGUGACGUAGUAGUCAAUGAUUGGGCGCACGCUUGCGGCAAUAGACACGUAGACAGUCCGAAUAUUAUCGUUAUGUUGAUUCUCAGUGUCCGGCGAAUGUGAUUUUCUCUGCUUUCGCGUGUAUCGGUAUUUUCAUCCUUAGUCCUUAUAUCAUUUCUUGAGCUGUGUAUUUGCGUUCGGUUCUCUUGCCUGCACAGCAUUAAUCGAUUCUCGCGUCGUUUACCAAUUUCUCGUGUUCGGUUUCUGCCACAGUGGCAGAAAGUGGCAAACAGUACCGUUUCUACCGAACACGAGGAAAUCGGUCAGACUUAAACAAUGCAAUGAGCUUUUCACGGUACGUGAGUUCAUGAUUUUUAGUUAAUUUUUAAACAAGUAGAAAUUUAUUAAGACCUAACAUGUAUGCGUACGUGCGGAUUCCGCCAACAAAAAAUGUCCGCGAGAUUCGGAAAGUUAUGUCAGUGAGGGAUAUUAAAAAGUUCAAAUCGCAAAAUCCACUUAAUCCGCGACAAUUAUAUAAAAUUAAACACAAUGGAGAUAUUGUCGUAGGUCACGUUCUAUGUACUGCAAGUACCAAGAGCGAAUUGGAAGCAAUGGUGGCAAAAAAAAGGAUGAAUAUCCCACCGUCCCAACAUCUACUGUCAGCAUCUGACAGCUUUAGCACCGAUACUGAAAACUCACCAAAGUCUGCUAAGAGGAUAGAUGAAGAUUUAGAAAAUAGAAAACAACAUAGGCUAAAGCAAUUGAAAGAACGUCAGGCUUUGUGUGCAAUUAAUGCACAAUCUGUUGAAGAAUACCAGGUAUGAAAAUUUGAUACAAAUUUUUAUAUAUCUGAUAUAAAGUAAUUUAUGCAAUUAUAA